AUGACUUUUCCCUUCUGUCUCGAAACUCUCAAUGAGGGCAAAUUUUUUAUCUCACUCUGCUGCUUCGUUUGGAUAGCACUUCUAUCACUAUGGGCAGAUGGGCUACUUGAUAUCUCCAUUUGGGUUGCCUUUUCCCCUCUUUGGCUCUGGAAAUUAGUUACGUUCUUUGGAUUCCUGGUGGGUUUUAUGGUCUGGACUAUAAACUCUAGGAGUGUUGUUCCUGGACCAACAGCCGAGGCCUCUAUAACGCUUUGGGACACCUCUGGCAUUCAUCACAUUCAUGCUAUGGCGGUAUCCAUGCUUUUUCAGCUGCUUGUUGGCCUAUCUGAAUUACUUAUAUGCCUAAGGGUCAGUGGUAUGCAAAAAGAUAUUUCUUUUUUUGUCGUCCUUUCGCCACUUGUUCUUGUCGGCAUAAGCGGCUUGGCUGCUUAUAUAUUUGUUUUUGGCAAGCGAAGACGUCGCUUAACUAACCUAAUAUCGAGACAUAGCCUUAUAAACCGUGGUGCAGCGCACACUAAUGCUGUCAGUGAGGCAAUAACCUUUGAUUUGGCGACUGGGUUAACAGGUGUCGAGGUCUAUACUUGCGAUUUCACCAUGGAGCUAUUCAUCGCUGCUAACUUGAUUCAAGUAACUCUUCUCAUUGCUCAGCUCGAGCGGUGGAUCAGAUGGAAUUGGCUUUCCGUUUUUAUUCCCACUUAUCUUAUGCUCUCCGUGUGCAGUAUCCUUUGUAUUGCAUGGUUUAUCCUUGGACUAUUCUCUUAUAUCAACAGAUCUUUAUUUUCGCAAACCAAUAAAUGGCUGCCUCUAGUCUAUGCGACCAUCUACAGUAUGAUGGUGUUCCCUGCAUUUGCUUCUUCUCUUCUGCUCGGCCAUCGACUUGAUGGUCUUCUUGCUCCUGAUCAUGCGAGCUAUACAGCUAUCUCUAUCCCUCUUUUGACUAGCGUUUUAGCGUAUUCUUUUAAGUGUACUUUUUCUGGCCCUGGAAAUCCAUGGUGGUUUGGAGUUAAAAAAAACGUAACUCUUCUCCUUUUUGAGAACAGUCAGACGCUUCAACUCUAUGCCAACACUCACAUUAUUUCUCGUGAUCGGGACAAAGCGCCGGCAAAUGCACCUAGCCCGCCUCCUAUUGUUGUUCAUCGUUCUGGUGAGGCCGAAGUCGCAACUCAGGCUUCGCCAUCAGCGUCCUUUACUCGACCAUCCUAUUCUCCUGCCUUGGAGACCGCCCACAAAGAAGUAGCCCAGCAGGAUAUUGAACAGGAGGGAUCUCAAUAUCUGGAUGAUUCUGAUGGCAGAUACCUUGACUAUGAUGGUUUAGAACACUCCGGCGACGCCGGAUUCCUUGUUUCUAGAAAACUCUUACUUUCUGGGGUAAAUCCUUCUAAUUUCCGCCCAUUUAAUCAGCCGAAACCUCAUGUGCAUUCACUUUCCCUCCCCGAUUAG